GCGAGAGCCUUUUGUUUUUUUUUUACGCGCGAAUCUUGUUGCUGGGCGCGCACAAUCAUAUAACCGAUUUCGACUAACAAUACGACACCGGUGUUAGAUGAAUAGAUGACUAGAGAACGAUAUAUGUGUAAACAUGAUAUGCGUAUGUAUAGAGUUCUGCAUGAAUAUGCGAGAGCUUUAUUUUAUUGUUUUUGAAAUCGGUGUGUAUCGGGUCGGUGAUCGAGCAGACUUGCUGUGCGGUGUAGCUUGAUUACUGUUCAGGGAGGCCGUGUAAAUUGGUAAGGGCCCCGUGCGUGUGCGUGAUCAACCCGAGUUCCCAUAGAUCUUUUCAGCAGUGCUGGGGAUCGCAACGGACAGUGGUGUGCGCGCGCGGCACAUGGUUUUCCCGCUUUGAGAUUAUUGUGAAUUGCAGUGCGUUCUAUAUGAUCUUACAAGCAUACAAUCUUUUUUGUAAUUUAGAGACUAGAUAAUAGUAUUGUAAAUUAAUAUACUAAUGAUAUAUCAACAGCUAAAUCCCGAUUAGAGAAUGGACGACAAGGUAGAAAAUAUCUCGUUAGAGGAUGAGAUUCCGGAAGCGCUGGUCAACUACGACAGCGAUAGCCGCAUGACUACCGUGAACGAGAACGACAGCGCAGACGGCGAGAAGAGGGAGAAAGAGAAAAAGACGGAAAGUACAGGAGCGAUUCCGAAAAAGAAGCUGCCUGUCGUCACCGAGAACAUCGAGGUGACUAAAGCGUGGGUGGAAAACCUUCCGAUGCUGCCGAUCGGAAGUAGAAUGAUAUACGAGAAGCAGGAGAAAUUAGUCACCAAAAUGGAAAAUUCCAUGAAGCUGAUGGACAAAAUCAUGUCGAAAGCCACCGAUAUGAUGGAAAACAUGGUGGAAGUUACCCGACUCAAUCUAGAGAGAGAAAGGGUAAAACUUAGAAGCUUAGAGGUAAACAAUAAAAAUGUGCAUGGUUCAAUGAAUAACAGCAUAACAACGGUUAGAGAAUCAGAAGUAGAAUCUAAAAAGAAAAAGUUAGAUGAAAUAAAAGUCUGUUCCGCCGAAAAAGAUAAAAGUUUAGAGACAUUUAAAAACACGAUAGAGCUAGAAUUAAAUAAACAAAGACUGCAUAUUAAAAGAGAAUACAAGCUGACGCAAAAGUACAAUUUUGAUCUUUGGAUGGAUUAUUUAAAAUCUGAAUUAACGAAUAACGAUUUAUUAGAUGUAAUAGAUUUGAGUGUUACAAGUCCUGAAAAUCUUUCCGAAUCAAAAAUCAUUAAAAGAAUAGCUUUAGUCAGAGAUAUUAUUAUAAAUCAUUUGGAUGAAAGCUAUCAUAAGAGAAUUUUAUAUGAAAAAGAGCCGAUAGAGAUAUUAAAGAAAUUAAGAGGAUAUAAAAAGAGCGAAAUAAAUGUAACUCAUACAUCUGUAAGAGCUAAGCUUUAUCAAAUUAAAAUGAGAAAAGAUGAAAAAGUAAGUGAUUUUUGCGAACGUUUUGAUUCGAUAAUUAGAGAAUAUGAGUCAUGCGAGGAUGCAGUGCCUCUCGCAGAACAAGAAAUCAGAUCCGCAUUAUAUCAGGCCGUGUCAAUCAAUGUACCGGAACUGAGAAAUGUGGAUUUGAUUAGAAGACAAUCAAGUCUUAAAGAAAUGAAUGUAGACGAAAUAAAAUCUUUUAUGAUGCAGUUAGAGGCAGAAAAGAAAAACGAGAAAGUAGAGAAGAUAGACAAACCAGAGAUCAGAGCACAGAGAGCAACCAUAGAGGAAACAAAAUGCUUCAGAUGCAACAAGCUGGGCCACAUGGCAAAGGAUUGCCCGCUAGCAGAACAUGGGGCAUGGUUCUGCUAUUAUUGCCAGGAAGUACGAGGUCAUAAAGGGGAUAGCUGCCCCAAUUCCGGAAAAGAGGCGAACAGAUUUAGAGGAAAAAGGUAUGCAGAUAAAGUUGUUAAUAAAAAUAUAAAGAAAAAGGGUAAAUUUGAACCUAGAGGCACUAAAAGAGUUAACGACAAAGGGAAGAUAACUAAGCUGCAAAACUUCAAGAAAACUUCAACGAAGACAGCAACAGAAGAUAAAUCAAAAGAAGAUAGAGACUAGAGGCAGAGAAGUGCCGCGGAUCGCUCGCACAAAGGGAGGGAGUAUUGAGAGCAGAGCUUUGAACGAGCGAUGCGCUCCCGCCUAGAGAUGGCAGCUGCGAUGGCAUGUGUGCCGAGCGCCUCUCGUGCGUAUCUCUCGAUACGCUUGAACGUGAGCAACCGUCUUGUGUGCAUUCCUUCUGAGAUCGCGUCUUGAGCGGAGAUCAAGUGAUUCUUGUGUUCAUUAAAUAAAGAGCUUUCAUACCAAAAGGUGUGUGUACUGUUCAUUCGACGUAUUGCAUCCUACUCCC